GUAAAGUAAAAAUCAAAAGGAAUGUGUUUUUAUGAACUUUUGCCCCGAAUAGAGUCUGCAUACAAAUCCAAAGAUACAAACUAGCACAAAAAAUUGUACAGUGUCAAAAUGUAAAAGAAAGUGUUUAUGAACUUUUGCCACGAUUAUAAAUACAAGUUCAGAGAUACAAGCUAGCGGGUGGAAAAGAAAAGUUACGCGUAAAAUUUAAAAGAAUGUAUUGUUCUUAUGAACUUCUAGAACCAAAUGUUGAUGUGUUUUUGUUUUUAAACCAUGAAUAAAAUGAUAUCAAACUUUGAAGGAUCUAUCGUAAAUUAUAUUAAUAGUUCAGUUUCUAAAUCAAACAGCAGUGACAAUGAUUUAGAGCACAUAAACACUAGAUGGAAGAUUGUUCUGGGUUUGUUUUUUGCCCUGUGUAUUCUAUUUGCCGUCGGCGGCAAUUUGUUGGUGUGUGUUGCCGUGUUUUCGGACCGGCGCCUGAAAAAAUGCAAGAACAAUUACUUCAUCGUCUCUCUGGCGGUGGCCGAUUUACUCGUGGCAUGCGUCGUGAUGAGUUUCUCCAUGGCCAACGACAUCUUGGACAAGUGGAUUUUUGGCGGGAUUUUUUGCCGCAUCUGGAUUUCAUUUGACGUCAUGUGUUCGACCGCCUCCAUUUUAAACCUAUGCGUCAUCUGUUUUGAUCGAUACAAACAGAUCAAAAACGCCAUGUUUUAUUUCAGCUGGAUGACCACGAGAAAAGCGGUGACUUUUAUCGCCUUUGUUUGGAUCCUCUCCGCUCUCAUCUCGUUUCUUCCAAUCCAAAUGGGCUGGCACUUGAACCUACACGCCAACGACACCUCCUACAACGACGCGGAGUGCAUCAUCAAACUCAACUUCCUCUACGCCAUCCUCUCCUCCACCGUCAGCUUCUACGCCCCUUGCCUCAUCAUGCUUGUUUUGUAUUUUAAGCUAUUUUUAGUAUCCCGCAGUCACGUGACGAGCAUCCGAAACACGGCGCGUCAUGUGACUCCGCCAGGGGAGGAGAAAAAAAGAACUCUCCACGGUACGAGUUUUAAAAUUGAUUUGCGUUCCACUGAUUACAAAGCUGCUUAUACUCUUGGUGUCAUUACCGGCGUUUUUCUCUGUUGCUGGCUGCCAUUUUUUAUUAUAAACCCGAUAUCUGCAUUCAACUCAAAUAUUAAUGAAACAGCUUUUCUAGUAUCCACGUGGCUAGGUUAUGUCAAUUCAUGUUUGAACCCAGUUAUUUAUAGUAUAUUCAACACCGAAUUCCGACAAGCUUUUAAAAGAAUCUUGUCGUUACGCCCACUGUUAGAAAGGGACCAUUAUUUUUUAAACAGAGCGCAGUACCACAUGUCAAGCAAUCAAACACAGGUGAAAGAUUUGGUCAUAACCAAUGUCAACACCAAAGGGAAAAUUACUUUUUUGUAA